AUGUCUCAUGAAACACCUUUGCUUAGCCUUAAGAAGACAUUCUUUUACAAUUUUUUCCCAUCAAAAGCUGAAGAAGAAGCUUGCAAACUUAACAACACUCCACAUGUAGUGACUCGAGAACUAAUUGAGAUAAGGGAUAUAUACCCUCCCCCGAAAAUCAAUUUGGAAAACCCCUGGCAGAUCAAGAAAAAGAUUACUCGUGAUGAGAUCAUUUUAGGAAAGCUGGUGAUUCCAUUUUUUGAGACAUUUGAGUACAUUAUUCGAUAUUGGACAUUGGAUGCAGCUAAAAGUUUGGAGAACGGGUAUGAUGUGCCAAUUGACGUGUGGGAUUUAACUGGGGCGAAUGUCCCUAAGAAGUAUGAAGGUGAAAGUGUUUGCUUAAAGAAGUUGUACAAUGAUGACUUUUCUCUUUCCUGCAUCAAAUUGUUCAACGACCGCGGAUUGGGCGAUGGUGUUGAAAUUGGGCUAUAUUGGGAUCCUAGAUCUUCAAGUUUAAUGUUCAAAUUACUUUCUCAGAUUCGUGCUUAG